AUGAGUCUCAUCCUGUCACUCCCGGUUUGGGUGGUGGUUCUGUCUUUGGUUUUGGAAGGCCUAGCCCUGGCCCAGGCAGCCCCACAAAUCUCCAGCACUUUGGAGCUCAUCCUGGAUAAGCUGAAGGAGUUUGGUAAAGCUCUGAAGGACAAGGCCCUGGCAGCCAUUGAGAGCAUCAAGCAGAGCGACAUUCCUGCAAAGACCCAGAACUGGUUUUCCAAGACUUUCAACAAAGGGAAGGAGAGGCUCAAAAUUACUUUCUCCUGA